UUCUUUGUUUUUGUUUUGUUCUGGGACAGAGAUAGGAAAGUUGACUGGGGCCCCAGAGAUCUAUGGCAAAAAAGAAAGAAAGAAAGAAAAGAAGGAGGAGGGGAAAGAAAUUUGCAGCGAUAAGUGAUUUCUGCUGUAAAAGUCAUGCCACGGUAUGAGUUUCAUCCUGGCAGAGGCCAACUGGCAAUGUGGACCGAGAACUAACCGACUGGGUUACCAGGAUUACACCUCCUGAGACAUGUCACUAAAUUACAUCAAAAACUUCUACGAAGGAUGUGUGAAGCCUCCUACUGUGAUCGGUCAAUUCCACACCCUUUUCUUUGGCUCCAUCCGAAUGUUCUUUCUCGGGGUGUUAGGCUUUGCAGUCUAUGGGAAUGAGGCUUUGCACUUCAGCUGUGAUCCAGACAAGAGAGAAAUAAACCUCUUUUGUUACAACCAGUUCAGGCCAAUCACUCCACAAGUGUUCUGGGCAUUACAACUAGUGAUUGUCCUGGCUCCUGGUGCUACUUUCCAUCUUUACGCUGCCUGUAAAAGCAUCAGUGAAGAGUGCAUUCUUCAAAAGCCCAUCUACACUGUGAUGUAUAUCAUCUCCGUUUUACUAAGAAUUAGUCUAGAGGUGAUAUCAUUUUGGCUUCAGAUUCACCUCUUUGGUUUCCAAGUCAAGCCUCUCUACCUGUGUGAUGCGGGAUCUCUGGGGAAGAAAUUUACUGUUAUCAAAUGCAUGGUGCCAGAACACUUUGAGAAGACCAUUUUUCUCAUUGCAAUGUAUACCUUUACUGUCAUUACAAUGGUAUUAUGUGUUGCUGAAAUUUUUGAAAUCAUAUUUAGAAGAUUAUGCCUUCUAAUUAAGCAGUGACCCAAAGGUUCAUUACCUGCUGUCAUGCCACAGUUAUUUAUCAAUCAUUUGUAUUUAUUUUUACUGUAAUGAGUAUCCCAAUUUCAAACAUGAAUAUUUAUUCUUUAAAUUUACCUCAGUAUGUCUAAAAUUGAUGUCUAAUGACAUCCCUCAG